GAAGGGUAUUUGACGAGAGGCAGAGGAUACAUACGAGUUAAUGGCGUGGAGUGUGUUAGGCCGAAAGGGUUUCCAUGCGAGGUUACUAGAAGUUUUUCUAUCCACAACUCGAGGAGGUGUGGCGCAUUUUUUCUCUAGUUCACUUGGAAGGAUACCAGAUCGCCCUCUUAGUGCUAUAUUGGAAACUGCUGUUAAUGGUGGAGUUUCAAACAAUCAGUAUAUCAUCAGGAAAUUUCAUCAAAGUCUUGAUCUGUUGGCAUGGAAACGGAAAGUGGAAGAAGCACCUGGUUUAAAAGCUCUCAGGAAAGAGAAACGUGUGAAGAGAGAUAACAGGACCCAGGCACCUGUAGACGCACCAUACGUACCUCCAAAGCAAAAAUUGACUCUGAAAUCCACACCAGAAAAAACUGUCGACAUUUUUGAAGGAAUGACAAUCCUUGAGCUUGCUAAGAGAACAAAUGCAAAAAUUGGUGCACUGCAAGAAAUACUUGCAAAUGUUGGUGAAAAGGUUGAAUCAGAGUUUGACCCCCGCAUUGACAUAGCUGAGCUGGUUGCAAUGGAAGUAGGGGUUAAUAUUAGAAGGCUACACUCUGAUGAGGGUGCAGUGCUUCAUCCACGUCCAGCUGUUGUGACAGUCAUGGGCCAUGUAGAUCAUGGUAAAACUUCUCUUUUAGAUGCCUUGCGACAAACAUCAGUUGCAGCCAAGGAGGCUGGUGGAAUUACCCAGCACUUGGGUGCCUUUGUUGUUGACAUGCCAUCAGGAUCCUCAAUCACGUUCCUCGACACGCCAGGGCAUGCUGCAUUUAGUGCAAUGCGUGCCAGAGGUGCUGCAGUUACAGAUAUUGUUGUUCUUGUGGUGGCAGCAGAUGAUGGUGUGAUGCCACAAACACUGGAAGCUAUGUCCCAUGCCAAGGCAGCUAAUGUUCCAAUUGUGGUAGCUAUAAAUAAGUGUGAUAAGCCAGCAGCUGAUCCAGAGAGGGUGAGAAUUCAACUUGGUUCAGAGGGAUUACUGUUGGAAGAUUUAGGUGGUGAUGUACAGGUUGUUGAAAUAUCUGCUGCAGCAAAAACUGGAUUGGAUAAAUUGGAGGAGGCAUUGCUCCUUCAGGCUGAGAUGAUGGACCUGAAGACCAGAAUAGAUGGGCCUGCCCAAGCUUAUGUAGUUGAAGCCAGGCUUGACAGGGGUAGAGGGCCUUUGGUUACUGCAAUUGUGAAGUCCGGGACCUUGGUCUCUGGACAAUAUAUUGUUGUGGGAGCACAGUGGGGGAGAAUAAGGGCCAUCAGGGAUAUGGUGGGGAGGAUAACUGAGUCAGCAAGACCUGCAAUGCCAGUUGAGAUUGAAGGACUAAAGGGUCUUCCGAUGGCUGGAGAUGAUGUCGUUGUCGUAGAUUCAGAGGAGAGAGCAAGGAUGCUGAGUAUUGGGAGGAAAAAGAAACUAGAGAAAGAUAGGCUUUGGAAGGUUAGUGAAGAAAGGACAGACAUACCAGAUAUUUCGGAAGAGGCGCCUCAAAGAAUUGAAUUGCCUAUUAUAGUUAAAGCUGAUGUGCAAGGUACUGUUCAAGCAGUUACGGAUGCAUUAAGGAGUCUGAAUAGUCCACAGCUUUUCGUAAAUAUUGUUCAUCUUGGUGUUGGGCCAAUAUCUCAAUCUGAUGUUGAUUUAGCCCAAGCUUGUGGUGCAUGCAUAAUUGGAUUUAACGUUCGCAACCUAUCAAGUGCCAUUAGUCUGGCAGCCGGCAAAGCCAACAUAAAGAUCUUUCAGCAUAAGGUUAUAUACCACCUCCUGGAGGAAAUUGGCAAGCUGAUUGUGGAGAAAGCACCAGGGACUUCUGAGACAAAGAUUGCUGGAGAGGCUGAGGUUCUGAGCAUCUUCGAGCUCAAAGGGCGGAGCAAAUCAAAAGGGCCAGAUGUGAAAAUUGCUGGGUGUCGGGUCAUUGAUGGUCGCUUCGCCAAGUCCUCGACCAUGAGGUUGUUGAGGAGCGGGGACGUUGUGUUUGAGGGUUCAUGUGCGUCGCUAAAACGGGAGAAACAGGAUGUAGAGGCUGUUGGGAAGGGUAAUGAAUGUGGCCUUGUAAUUCAGGAUUGUGAUGAUUUCCAGAUCGGAGAUGUCGUCCAGUGCUUGGAGCAGGUGAUCAGGAAGCCCAAGUUUUUAUCAUCGGAGAGUGGUGCUGUCCGUAUUGAGUGCUGAUGAUUGACAGGGACCAUAAGAGAGUUUUUUUUUUCAUUUAUUUUAUUUUCUGAUAAUUUAUACUACAGGAAGUUAACAUAUGGCGUCUCUUGUAAUGCCCAGCGGCAGAGGAAACUUGCAAAGCGGUUUUAUAUUCACUCAAAUUGAUGGGUUGGUUACCGCUGUAUUGCAUCUCGGUGUCUCAUUAGUUCAAGUCUUGUCGAACUUAGAAGGAACUUAUAAUUUUGAGAUUCUUGCUGUAUUAUAACAUUUUUGAUAUACAUAAAAUUUUGGAGGAAUAUAUAUAUCUUGUUCAAAGGUU